UUGCUGUCGGCGGGCAUCGCGCUGCCGCUCUUCUUCGCGCUGGGCCUGGCCGGGCUGGCCGUGGGGCUGGGGCUGCACUUCUCCUCGGGCACCAUCCGCGAGCUGGAGCUGGAUUACACGGGCGCCCCGCGCAGCAACCACGACUGCGCCCGCUGCACCAAUGCCAGCGCCACCUCCGGCCCGUGCCUCUGCACCCUGCGCUUUGAACUGGCCGAGCCCUUCCCGGGGCCAGUGUGCCUGUACUACCAGCUGUCCAACUACUACCAGAACCACCGGCGCUACGGCGUGUCCCGCGACGACCUGCAGCUCAGCGGGGACCCCUGGGGGCUGCGGGUUGCCAACAGCCUCUUCAACGACACCUUCACCCUCCACCGCCUGGUCAACGGGUCCUUCAUGCCGGUGCCCCUGGACAGCCGGGGCAUCUCCUGGUGGACCGACUCCAACGUCAAGUUCCGCAACCCAGAGCUGGUGAACGGCAGCCUGGCCACCGCCUUCUGGGGCACGGCCAAGCCCCCCAACUGGCCCUGUGCUGCCUACCUGCUGGAUGCCGGCAACCCCAACAACACAGGCUUCGUCAACGAGGACUUCAUCGUGUGGAUGCGCACCGCUGCCCUGCCCACCUUCCGCAAGCUCUACCGCCGUGUCCACCAGGGCAACUUCUCCGCUGGCCUGCCCCAUGGAACCUACCGCCUCGACAUCAAUUACAGCUACCCUGUCCUCCCCUUCAAGGGCACCAAGAAGGUCAUUCUCAGUACAGUCUCCUGGAUGGGUGGCAAGAACCCCUUCCUGGGCAUUGCCUACCUGGUCUUUGGCUCGGCUUGCAUCCUCACUGGUUUUGUCAUGCUGGCUGUGCAUAUCAAGUACCAACAGCAAAACCAGAUGGAUGAGGAUUAGAGAAAGCUGGAGGUCCUAAUGCUGCUGGGCAUAGAAGUUGGGGGGAGGAAUUAAAUUGCAGGUAGUCACCAUGCUUGGUAUAAUUCUGACCUCAUGGGGAGUGCUCUGAAAAGAAGAACUAGGCCUUUUUUUGUUUUGUGACAGAUUAAAUUAAAAUACUUUUUUUUUCCCCAAUAGAAAACCAAGAAACAUCCAGACCUGGUUAGAAUGGCUGAACUCGUGGUUCAUAAUGUGAUAAGAGAAUAUUAUGUGCCUAACAAGUUACUGUUGAGCUAAAACUCUUCUCUACUACCCACAUUUCUAAUGACCCAGACUUAUUUCUUAUGCCUGAAAGAACUUCAUGCAAUGCUGUUCCUCAUUUACUGCUUUCUAUUCUGAACUUCUGUGUUUCUUAAACAUUUUUUUGCUACAAGUGAAACUUAAUAUGUUAUUUUCAUUGUUACGUGAAAAGGAGUAGAGUCAUGGGUUAUUCAUUUGCAUAAUUGCCUGGAGUUUGUGCUACAAACAUCAUAAUAGCUUCUAAAAUAUUCCAAUUUCAUUUACAAGUCUUCAAAUUUUUUUAGGUCUCACUAGCCUUUAUGGCUCCUAGCAUAUCAGUGCCUUCAAACCAAUAAAAGCAAUAUUUAAACGAAUAUGCAUAGCAAGACCAAAGCGCUGACCUCCACAUCAGUGUCAUUUGAAUCAUACUUGAGAGAAGUUUUUAAUUGUCUUUAAUUACAAUAAUAUUUUAGUUCCCUUAAUUUUUGUAGAAAUUUAGAUAGGGAGUGUAAAAUGAUCUUAAACUGAAAUGAAAAUAAAACACCCUGAACUGGAGCUGUCCAAAAAGAUAAACUUCAAGGGAGUAUCUAAUGUGAAAUGCCACAAUUUAAGUGGUAACAAUAAUAAAUAAAUAAAUAAAAUCACUUCUCAUUUUCUCUGUUUGUUUUCUGACUUUCCCCUUACUUAGAGCUUACUGAUGUAGGGAUAAGAUGUAACUUUACACAGAACGACCUACUCCAUAAUCUCUAAUACUCCAUGUGAGUAUUCUUAAUGUCCAGUAUCUGUGAGUAGUACUGUGUUUGAAAGUGGAGAUUCAUUCUAUUACAUGGAGAGAUGUCUCUCCCUCUCUCUCCUCCUUAGAUAAAUUUUACUUAUCUUCUAAGCAAAAUUGGCUAGGUUUGAAGAAAGUUCUCUUAAUUUCACUUACAAAGCACCAAUGGCAGAAAGUUCUCUUUGUGUUAUAGGUUUAUGCCUAAAACAGUAAUAUGGGAUGGUCCUUGUUUGUUUAUAUAUCUAUCUGGAUUUUGAGGAGUAUGGCCAAGAAUGGCAUUAGAUCAUUUCUAGACUAGAAAUGCUACCAGUGUGGGAGUAAAAAUGUAUCAAAAUCAUUGGUAAAACAACUUCAUAGUAUUUCUUUUCUUGCAAAAUACCUGAUUGUAUAUAUAUAUGAAAUGGACCCAGGUAGCGGAAUGAUUAAAAGAGUAGAGUCUAAGUACAGCAGUGUUUAUAUUUUGUUUCAGUCUUGUGACUCUCUUGCUUUUUUGAGUGGUUGAGUUGCUGGCAGUUAAAAGUGAUGGUUGUGUAUGAGAAGUACUCUGUCUAGUUUUGAUGGCUGAAAUUCUGCAGCAUGUAAAUUAUUAUCUUUAGUUCACAGUGAGGCAGCUCUCCUUGUCCCUUACCUGCCUGUGUUAGAAGUCUUUGGAUGUGGAGCUGCUAUCUUUACAGAACUUCUGUUCUCAGAGUUCUUCCUGUCUUAAUUAUAUAACACAGGCUAAUGUCAAUGUGUUUUUAUACCGGCACUAUGUAUUAAAGAGGUUUAUAGUCAUGGUUAUUGAAACUCUGAAAAAAAGCUUGAAAACAUUUACAUUUGCAGGGGAGGGGGAAGAGGUUCUUUAAAUGCUUUCUGGUAACAAAAAUAAUUGCAAGGUAUUUCUGAGUAUGACUUGUCUCACUAAACAACCGCUUUUCAACUUCUUCCAGAGUAGUUAAAUCUGGGGAAUGUUGCAAAAGCAAGGAAAGGCCUUUAGUCAAGCAAAUAUGACAGCAGAACUCUAUAAUCAAGUGACCAAAUUGGAUUGUUACAUUUCUGCAGAAUUCUCAGAAGUUAACAAAAUUGCUGUGGUGUAACUGGGGCCAGAAUUUGUUUUAUUUCAUAUAGUUCUUACUAACUACUCUUUGAAAGUAGAGAGUACUUUGAGAGAAUCUGUUUCAUCUCUCAAGUUUUGUGUAGAAUGGAAAAAUACUUACGCUGAAGUCUCAUUGGUCCAGAGAGAGAGAGAGCGAAGCAGUAAAAGAGCAGGGUUUUUUUCUCUUUAAAAUGUCAUUUAAAAUAUUGCAUUAAAGUGUUAAUUUUGAGUUUUUGGUUAAUGGAAAAAUUCAGCAUGUCUUUGACUCAAUAUUCAGUUCAGGUUUACUCAUCAGAACUCCUUUCACCUGUAAUAAUCUAAAUUGAAAAUCUAACUUUAUCAUGAUACAUUUUUCUCUGUUUAAAGGUGAAACUAAGUUUCUCAGUUUCAUUUGUGGCUUAUGCUAUCUUUUUAGUCAAUACCAUCUUUUAGGUUUUAUGCCUUAACAUAAGAUCUCUGUUUUAUAGGCAUCUAUAAACCUUCAGGGAAAUAUAGUAUUAUUCCCUAUUCAGCUGCAGUUAAAAAUAGAUUUUAAUCUUCCAUUAUAAAAUAGCUGUUAAACUCAGUUGUCCCUUUGUCUUGGUGAAUGUGCUCUCUUUCAUGUUGUGUAAAGAAUAAAUUGAAAUGGGGAAGAAGGGGAAACUCAUGUGAUUUGUGGAGCUUCAGGCUCCACAAAUAUAGGAUUGUGUAUUGCUAAGGUGGAGGGAGUGGUAAAUUUGAAUAAAAUGCUUUGGAAGGAUA